CUGUUGGAUCCGCGUUCCACUCUUUCAUCGCAAUGUACUUUAGAUAAUUAUCUCCUUGUCACAUCCAUCUCAAAUAUCACAAUGUUAAUCGCGCGGUCAUUAUUGCGAACGACACGCGUAUGCGUCGUUCGUACUGCUUCCACAAGGCCAGUGCUAGCAUCCAAUACAUCGCUAUGGCUUCGAUACAAGAGUGAUUCUUCGUUUCCAUCAAAGCCUGGAAACUCAGAUUCAACGUUCAAGUCCCCGCAGGAGUUGCAGUACGACCCUGUAAAAAGAUUGAACCGACAACAGGCGAAGCAAGACGCAUCAUCAGAGAAGCCGGCGGAAUUUGAUGAAGGCGCUGCACCAUCAAAGGGCGCUACUUUAGAAGGCCAACGCCAAUCCGAAGGAUCGGGCCAUACAGAACCACGAGCAAGCGUAGAUACAUCGUCCAAAUCAGUUGGUGGAAGCGAGACUCCAGAAGCUCCCCAACGACCUUCGCAGCCACUGCCUGACUUACGACACGGUAUACCCUCAACAUUUGCAGAGGAGUUCCUAAACAAAUCGGCCGCUUCCACUCAGGGAGAAGCAGAUUCAGCUGGCCAGCAUCGCAUCAAUCUUGACGAUGAGGCGAGACAUGAGCGCUCUUCAGGGUUUGGAGAUGGUGCUGAAAGAGAACAAGGUGAGCUGCCAAAAUCAGCGUAUCAAACAUCGAUCGACAAGCGAAGAGAUGCCAUGGCCAAAUGGUUCUAUAUCGCUUUUGGUGUACUUCUGACAACCGGAAGCAUAUACCUGGGCCGGAACUGGGAUACAAAAGAAGAAGAGGAGGCACAUCCAGAAGCACCAUCAGGAUGGACCUUACCUCUCUUCUGGGAGCGCAUCAAGGCGCGGAUGAACAGUCAGCGAAGCUACUACACCGAGCCGACCUUUCCCAAGCUGUUGCCGGAGAUGAAUCCCCCUCCUCCAUAUACGCUCGUGUUAAGUCUGGAGGACAUGUUGAUCCAUAGUGAAUGGACUCGAGAACACGGAUGGCGCACGGCAAAGCGACCUGGGUUAGAUUAUUUCCUUGGUUACCUGAGCCAGUACUAUGAACUUGUCCUGUUUACGACCAUGCCAAUGGCGUAUGCAGAUCAAAUUGUGAAGAAGUUGGAUCCGUACCAUUUCAUGACAUGGCCGCUCUUCCGCGAGGCCACUCGCUAUGAGAAUGGUCAAUAUGUCAAAGAUCUAUCUUACCUCAACCGACCGCUAUCGAAGACGAUCAUCAUCGACACAAAGAAAGAGCAUGUCAAGAACCAACCAGAAAACGCAAUUAUUUUGAAACCAUGGACCGGUGAUCCGAAGGACAAAGAACUAGUAGAACUCAUUCCCUACUUGGAGCAUAUCGCUGCCAUCGGCGUUCCAGACGUUCGUGCGAGUUUGAAGGCAUUCGAGGGAAAGCACAUUCCUACAGAAUUCGCCGCUCGACUAGAACGAUCCAGAGCAGAGUUCAACAAACAACUCGAAGAAGAGCGAGCCAAAAAAAGUAAGCGCUCCGCAGGAAGCUUCAUCAGCAACAUGCUAGGCUUGAAGCCUCAAGGCGGCAUGACCUAUGAUGGCCAAACCAGGGUCGCGGACGAGCUGGCUCAAGGCAAAAUGCUCGCUGAUCAAAUUCGCGAGAAUGGUAUUAGACAGUACCAGCGCAUUGAAAAGGAAAUUAGGGAGAAUGGCGAAAAGUGGCUGGCGGAGGAGAAGGAGCUCGAAAAGAAGAUGAUGGCUGAGCAGAUGAAGUCGUGGCAAAAGGGAUGGUUCGGCUUUGGAGGUUCAAGCAGUGAGAAGUCGACUGGUGCUUAAGCACAUAGCAUGGGCGAGAUGAUAACCUUUCCACUCUUCAUAAUAUGUAUAAACAUCUAGGUUUGACGACGGGUUAACACACAGCGGCGCCAAGAAUACCCGCACUUGCUUGUGCUAUAGAGGCCUCUCUCGACCUGUUUGAGGAACAUUGGGUUGCAUAGCGUCGUGUAUAAAAAUGUUAUUUUCUACGAGUGCUCCUUGCUAGUUGCAUAGCAAUUUUAAUUUACACAUUAUGUGCGAUGUCAACAACAUACGUAUUACAAUGUGCAUAGCUGUUGGCGGGUG